UGCAAAAUGGCGGCGCUGUGGACAGUUGUUUUUUUUAUUUUCCGGGGAUAGAGCGAUUUUAAUAGGGUAAUGUUAUUGUUGCUUGCAAAGUGUUAUAGACUGUUGUUUUGUCACUACGAAUGUACAGCUAAACUCAAGGGUGAAAUUUAGAGACAGGCACUUGCUCAUUGAAUGAAACAAUAUACCAACGGCGUUCCGGUGACGUUCAUCAACUUUUAGUCAGAAGACCUCUCUGUUGUUUUCGUUCGUGUUUACACUGUACGUAGACCUUAUUCACAGUCACUCAACACUGUAUCUGAAGUAAACUCAGCAUGUCAGUCGCACAGCUGUGCUCGGACACAUCGGAGGCUUUAGAGCUUCUUUCGGAACAGGGUUUACAUUUAAAACCAGUUGCCAGACUGAAUAUUUCCGUGACUCUACCUCAACUGAAAACUCCUGGAAAAUCGAUCAGCAACUGGGAAGUGAUGGAAAAGAUUAAACACAUGAUAAAACCAGACCUGUUCACAGUGUUAAAAGUUUCCAAGAGUUCUCUGGAAUUUAUCCGCUUUGAAGGAGAAGUGGAAGCAAAGACAUUACUGAAAACAUUAAUAGCGCGUCUUGAUAGCAAGAACAUUAAAUUAAGCGGUUUUACAGAAAUGUUAAAAGUACGUGCUGCUGAAGCAAAGGUGCAUUUCCCCUCUCGCCAUGACUGGGAUUCUUUCUUCCGAGAUGCCAAGAACAUGAGCGAGGCAAAACCGGGAGAACGUCCAGACACAAUGCAUUUACAAGGGCUCCCUUGUCGAUGGUUUGCCACCAAAAAGGACCCAGAUAAACCCAGUGAGUUCAUCUUGAGGAAAGUUUUUCAACAGUUUGGAGAGCUGCGUCAUGUGGAUAUUCCCAUGCUUGAUCCGUAUCGAGGGGAGAAUGUUACCACUGGUGCUCCCAACUUCCAGACAUUUACAUUUGGUGGACAUCUACAUUUUUCGGCAUUUGUGCAAUUUUUGGAAUACAUGGGGUUUGUGAAAGCGAUGAAUGCUUUCAGGGGUAUGAGAUUACUCUACAAAUCAGAAGAUGGGAAAGCUUACACUGCCAACAUUAAGGUUGAGUUUGAUAAAACCAAACAUCUAUCAGAUAAGCAUAUCAAGAAAAGAAAACUUGAAAGAGACAAACUGAUUGAAUUAGAAACGCAGCGAGAAGAAAGAAUAAAGAAAGAAAGGGAGGAAGAAGACAGAAAGAAGGAAGAAGAGAGGCAGCGAGUACAAGAAGAGGAAUGUGAAAGAGAAAAGAAAAGAUCAGAAAAGCUGCAGAAACGUGAAGAAAGACAAAGACUGAGAGAAGAAAGGAGACGACAGAAGAAAGAAGAAAAGAAAAAACUGGCUGCCGAGCGUGAAUUAGCAAAAAAGAUUGCACUAGAGGAGAGAAAAAUACUUAUAGCGCAUCGAAAAUUGGAAUCAAUGAGGCUAUUAACCGAAUUAUUAGACCGAGCAAAGGCAGUCAAACAAAAACAGGAAAUGGAGAGGAAACUUAUGGAACUGGAAGACAUGAAGAGAAGACAACUUGAAGAAGAAAAGAGAAAGAUAGAAGAAAAGAGAAGGAAAGAGGAACAGCGAGAGAGAAAAAAAGCAGAGAAACUGAAAAAGCAGGAAAUGGCUUUACGUGAAAAGGUUAUGAAAAAUUACAAAAUGAGGGAGGAGCAAAAAGAUUUGGAACAAAGAGAAUGUUUGAGAAAACAAUUUGCUGGAAAGACAUUGAAAUCUGCUGUUGUUAUGCCAUCUAGUACAACUAGAUAGAAAUGUCAUUA